AUGUUGCAGCUCUGCCUGAGGCCACUGGAGAUGUGCUUUGGUGGUGGAGGCAACGAGGAGAACCUCCUUUGGGACACGGACCUUAAGCCCCACGCUUCAGGGAACUACUCAAUUGCUGUGGUACAAGCCAACUCCUCCUUGGAAGACCAAGCACAAGUAUUUACCUCUCCUUCAGCAACCUUCGUUGGCAUAUACGAUGGCCACGGUGGACCCCAAGCUUCCCGUUUCAUCACUAACCAUCUCUUCCCCUUCCUCCGCCAGUUCACAACAGCGGAAGGUGGAUUGUCGGAGGAGGUGAUAAAGAAGGCGUUUGAGGCAACGGAGGAGGAGUUUUGUCGUUUUGUGAAACAAUCAUGGAUUGCACGACCACAAAUUGUUUCAGUGGGUUCGUGUUGUCUUCUGGGAGCGAUUUCAAAGGAUGUUCUAUAUGUUGCUAAUCUGGGGGAUUCGAGGGCGGUUUUGGGUCGGAAAGCGUUGGAAGGAGAGGUGAAUUGUGGUGGAGUGGUGGCAGAGCGUUUGUCCACUGAUCAUAAUGUUGGAGUGGAAGAGGUCAGAAAGGAGGUCGAGGCUCUUCAUCCUGAUGACGCACACAUUGUGGUUUGCACUCGUGGAGUUUGGCGAAUCAAGGGCAUUAUUCAGGUCUCAAGAUCAAUCGGAGAUGUUUACCUGAAGAAACCAAAAUUUGACACAAAUCCUCUGUUCCAACAAUCUGUAUGCCCAGUAUACUUGAAGAGACCUGUAAUGACAGCUGAACCAUCGAUACUGACGCGGAAAUUGAAGGAAGAUGAUCUGUUUUUGAUCUUUGCAUCAGAUGGUCUUUGGGAGCAUUUAACUGAUGAAGCUGCCGUUGAAAUCGUCUUCAGAAAUCCCAGAAUAGGAAUAGCAAAAAGAUUGGUGAGAGCUGCACUAGAAGAGGUUGCAAGGAAAAGAGAAAUGAGAUAUGAAGACUUAAGGAAAGUUGAGAAAGGUCUAAGGCGCCAUUUUCAUGAUGAUAUUACAGUGAUAGUUCUAUAUCUGGAUCAUUCAAAAGAAUUUGUAAAUGGUAGGUUAAGACAUAGAGGAGAUUAUGACUGCAUUAAUACUCCUAUCGAUAUCUUCUCUCAGAGCGCAGCUGAAGUUGAUCUUUAA